UACACGUCAGUCGGUCGGUGUCCGGUUGCUUCGAUAAUUUCAGUAAAAAAUCCGCUAAAGCAGUGAAAAAGUUCUACUUUCCAGCAACUUUUCAGCUCGAUCCAUUCGGGUCAGGCUCAACUGCAAACAGGCGGAAAUUGAGAAAGGACUGAUUUCCUGACAAAGCUACCGGCAACCCGACUACGUGUGCAGAACGAACCCCCGUCUUGUUUAGCCUGCGUGUAUAUUUUCGUGUCAUCUCAUCAUCUUCUACGGGCCGUCUCCGUCUGGGGUGGUGCAGUGAUAGAAUCAUUCUGAGAUUGUUUCUACUGUAGAACCAAAAGUAAACUACUUCAAGACUACUGGAAACGCAUACUAGUAGGAGGAAAAGCGAGUCCCACCUAUAUUAGGCCAAAGGCCAGAUAUACUGUCGCAUCCAGAAGAACCGUGACAAAGAAGUGCAGUAACUUGCGAAAAUGAAUAUUUUCAGACUGGCCGGUGAUUUAUCGCAUCUGCUUGCGAUCAUUUUACUGCUGAUAAAAAUAUGGAAAACCAGAUCAUGUGCUGGAAUAUCGGGCAAAUCGCAAAUUCUUUUCGCCAUUGUCUACAUUAGCCGCUACCUGGACCUGGUGACAACGUUCAUCAGCGUUUACAACACCUUCAUGAAGCUGGUCUUCAUCAGUACAUCCGUGGCAACAAUUUAUUUGAUGUACGUCAAGUUCAAAGCUACUUACGACCACAAUCACGACUCCUUCCGCAUCGAGUUCCUGCUUGUACCAUGCUUUCUCCUGGCCCUAUUGAUCAAUGGCGCCUUCACACCUUUGGAGAUCCUAUGGACGUUCUCCAUCUAUCUAGAAGCGGUUGCCAUUCUGCCGCAGCUGUUCCUGGUCAGCAAAACAGGCGAGGCGGAAAGUAUCACUAGCCACUAUUUGUUUGCCCUCGGCUCUUAUCGUGCACUGUACCUGCUGAACUGGAUUUACCGAUAUUAUGCGGAGGGCCACCAUGAUUUGAUUGCCAUCUUUGCCGGCGCUAUCCAGACGAUUCUGUACUGCGACUUCUUCUAUCUGUACAUUACGAAGGUUCUUAAAGGCAAAAAGCUACAGCUACCGGCGUAAGUGACUUUCGUUAAACAGCAGCAGUGAGGCAAUUGGUUGCGGAUUCGUUCGAAAGGACUAAAGUAGAGCAAUUCCUUUUGGGCAAGGCUGACGCCUCGGCAACGACAUCAAUACAAUACAUUUACAAUUGAACUUGCAUUAAUACCGCGCGAGGGCAAAACAGAGCAGUUGCGCCAGUGAAUUUAGUUACGGUUAUAAAACAAAAAAAAACCAGCCAGCAGACAAAAUAAGCAGAAAAUGUUAAAUGUCUUCUGAGGGACACGAUGGCGGUAACUGCGCGACUUUAAUUUUAUUUUUAAAUCCCUGCUAACCAUUCUUACUUUUCCGUUAUGUGGCUGUUCUCGAGCUACACUCUUCCUGCUACUUGUGUAUUUGUGUAUUUCUAGGCUUAGAUGAGAAAAUGUUAAGUGUGGAGGACAUAAUGCUAAAGAUUGCAUACGAUAUGUAGGAAGAACAUUAAAAAACAAAACCUUUAACAUACUAUUAGCACAGUUUAGCAUGCAAGAGAUACAUUCAAUAAAUAUCGGAAAACUGAAAACAAUCGACAAAUUCUUUUUAAACAGGUUUUACUUAGGAAGCAGUUUUCGGAAGCAAACUGCGGUUCAUUACUUGAUUGAAUAUUGUAACUUGGACAAGUUCGUAAAUGGACACAAUGUAUUUUCGGUAUGUUGUUUUAUAAACAUUACUUGCGAUUUUUGUAACAAUCACAUAACACAUUUUCUUACGUUAUUUUUUAACUGAAAUUAUUUAUCUUGAUUCGAUUUUGCAGCUUAAGAAAUGUUCCAAAAAUGUUGCAUUUUACGAACACAAUUCAUAUUUCACACAUUCAUAGUGUUCAAGGCAGACCAAAUGUACUUUUGUUCAUUAUAUUUAUUACCGUUGUGCUUUGUUAUUUGCUCAUGUUUAGCCCAUGCAUACACCGAACUAUGUUUUGGAAAACGGAAACAGAUACUAUUCCAUCGCCAAAUGGCUGUCUUAGUAUUGUGUGGUUGAUUCAAUCGGUAUCGUACCGAAAAAGAGCCACUUUAACUACCGUAGCAUUAUUUAGUUAAUUACUAAUGCAGUCAUCAACAGUAUGCUACAAUAAAUGAACU